CAUUCUUCUCCUUCGUCUCCUUCGAGUCUCUGGUUUGCUUUCCCACACACUCUCUCAACCACACCACAUCAGCCAGCAAGCAGCAAGCACAAGCAACAGCACGUUGUGCGCCGUUAGUCUCGCAUCAUCACACACACACACACGCAUCAGACACACGAGCUUUGCGGCGACCGACCUGACACAGGCAGUGUUUCGGUUUGUUUGUGUUUGCAUUUACUCGCAAAGGAGGGCCACGUCUGCAGCUGUGUGAGACCAAGACGGCACCCACUACCCCACGCGCAAGCCGUCUCAGUCUCAGCAACACCGACACGAGCGCAGUCACUCAGUCAGACAAACACCAUGGACGGGCAAGCCGAGGCCAUUGACUACUACAAGCGCCUCUGCAAGGCGCUGCUCUCCAAAGGCGAACGCUCUGCCCUGCAGAAGGUGCUCGCCACCUUUGUCUCCUCAAAGUCGUUUGCGACGCUAGCGAAUGACCUGCCGAAGAUCCUGGACUCACCACGCAAGCGCUCGCUCAUCCCGGCCAUCAAGGCCCUCAUCCCCGACCAGUAUCAUGCGCAGUUUGACCGCGCUCUCCAGCACAUGGGCAUGGCGGCAUGGACCACCAUCGAUAAGCAGUCCGCACGGGAGGUGCGCAAGGCGCGCGUGGAACAGGAGCGCAUGCUGCAAGAGGAAGCAAGAAAACAACUGCAGGACUUGGACAUGAACGGUGACGGCGACGCGUUCCAGCGCUUCCUCGAGCGGCAGCGCGAACUCUCACGAAGCUCAGCAGCGGAAAAUCCCGAGGUUGAGUCGCAGUGGGGCUGGAUGGAGAAUGACCAGACCGUCAAGACCCUCGAGUUCACGGAGCAAGACGAGGCGAAGUAUGCAGACGUGGAGGACAUUGAUGCGAUUCUCAGCACCAUCGACGGACAAGAGGCACCGCCGAUUCCGCGGCGCCAGUCGAAGACGACUGCAGACCCAAUGCCGCCCGUUCCCCCGCGCAGGUCAAAGCCGCAAUCGCCCGAGCCAGGCGAAGCACCGCCGCCCGUGGCGCCGCGCAAGAGCGUGGGGGCGAACCCCGUGCCGGCAACGUGGCUGCCGGAGUGGUACAACUGCGGCAGCAUCUCCCGACAGGAGGCGGAGUCUGAGCUGCGGGCGCGCGGGUUCACGGAGGGCCUCUUCCUCGUGCGGAACAAAGGUCCAGGCGGUGUCAAAUUCUGCCUCUCCAUCGUCUACAAGCAAAACGUUGCACAUGUGUUGAUGGACCGCCCAACCAUCAACCAUCCACUCACCAUCGACAACCAGUCGUACGGCGGCGAGUGCUACACGCCCGAGGAGAUGGUGGAGGCGAUCCGCGCCCUCGGCGACCGCUUUGAGUUCCAGCUCGUCAAGCCCCUUCGUGCCCCGUAGACCCGCACACACACACACACAUGCACAAGCACGCGCUUCUCCUGCUGCUUCCGUGUUGUACUUCCUCUUUUCGGUUUCUCUCUUCCUCUUUAUCUCGGUUAGUGUCACCUUGCCCCUCUCCCUCCAGCACACACGCAAACAUCGCACACACUUUAUAAGCACGUGUGAGCGCACUCAGCCCCUCCUUUCGUACGCACGUGUGUGCGACGACCAGGUGCAUGCGCGCACCUCUUUCCGUCUGCCCACUCCAAACUCCUCCACUAGCUAUUUCGACACGCUCGCGCAGUGUGUGCAGUCUUGUCAAUCUGUCUUGUCUUGUCUGUCUGUCUGACUGGCACUUUGAUGUGGCACGACUUUUUGUAGAUGGGUUGCUUUGCUUCAUUCGUACUUGUUUGUGUUUCUUUCAUUUGGAUGCUGGCUCUUCCCACCUAAUGAAAAGACACCCCCGCCCCUUUCGAUGUGGUGCGUGUGUGAAUGCUUAUUUCGCUGUUGCUUCUUGGUUGUGUUUGGUGUUGUGGUCUCACAUGUCACAUCACGUCACAUCGCUGUAUUUCAGUCCUUUUGGUCGUGUGUUCUUGUUUCCAUUUUCUUUAUCGUCCAUGCUUUGCUUGCUUGCUUGCUUGCUUGCUCCGUUUACCAAAAGCUACAUAAACCAAAUUCAAGCACACA